AUGCUUCACCAAGGUGGGGGUUGGUUGAUCGACCGUACCCCGCUUUUCUACUCGUCCUGCCGAGCCCCGACAUUCAUUCCACCCCGAGCCGGCGGAUCUGCUAGGACGUGCCUGUUCUCCACUCGGGUGCCAGUCGAAGGAUCAUUGCGAGACUCUCGAGAGAGGAAGGGACAAUCGUACAAGGACAAACUCGGCGAAAUUACUGCAUCUCGAAAGAUGACGUGUAACUGGGCGUGGUUGUUGCUGCUGCUGUUUUCGCUAGUCUUGGUAGGCAUGUGCCUGCCUACGAGCCUGAUGGAGGACGCGAAGAAGACGGACCAGGUCAUGAAGCCGAAAUCAAAACGAACCCAGGAGAUACUGAUGUUCGGUAACCAGCAGAAUCGACAGGCUGCUAAUGCUGCCGCCGUCGCUGCCGCCGCUGAAGAAUCCUUCACGUCAAACACAGAAAAACGAACUCUCGCUGCCUCGGGGCUGGGAGGCUUGAAAGCAGCUCUCGCUGAGGACGAUAAACCAUCCCUGGCUCAGAAAUCACCCAGCAACACUAUGUACGAGCACGAGUCGUACUCGCCGUACGAUAAGAAUUACGACUACGGAAAAGUCAUCGUGAAUGAGGUCGAGGAGGACGUACCACGGGUGUGGGACACAGUGCCGUAUUCGCGGUAUUACGCAGGUGAGGAUCGGCGCAAGAGAUCGGAAAAGUCCACCGCGACCGCGCGACCGAGCACCACGUUGCAGCCUCCGACGAGUUUGUUCCAAACGAGACAUUUACCCAGCCUUCUGCCUACUCCGCAACCAGUACAAGCUCAAGUUAAGAGAAGCGUCCCGUAUUACCAGGAACCACGAUACAAGCGGGAGCUGCCUCUGGAUAUCAACCCUGAUGAUGUGUUGGCCCUCCUAUCACUGUGGGAAAACGAACAGCGUAACGGAAACUGGCGCAAGUAUGCUAACGAUGAAUACGAGAUAGACGACAGCGAUUUCCUUGACGAGGAAGACUCUAGAAACGCUCUCCCAUGGUUGACGCCAGUGUACCCCUCGCGGCACUACGACACAUUGUCGCCCUCUGACAUCGGGAUAGUCCGAACUCACCCCCCCAGCUAUUACGAGCAGUACGGAAAACAGCUGGAUCAGCAGUAUGAAGGCCCCGCGCAAUAUGGCAAUCACGUUAAUCCGCAGUACGAUUUCCUUUAUCCUCAACGUACCGCAUACUAUCCCCAGAAGAGGUUCAUAGUGUCCAAGAAACGAACGCAGGGCUAUGAUGCGUAUCCCGCCGCUGAGCUGCAGUUGAGCUCCCAACCGCGAAGUUAUCAGUACCCCCAUCGAAUGGUCUACUAAGUAAUCUGUGACAUUGGGGCCUGUCUAGAGAUGCAUGAAGAAAAGCGAGAAGUUCCGGACGGAGAUUCAACUAGAAGGAAAAAAUGUUAGCAGCCAAUGUUUCUCCGGGAGUCGGCGCUCUUUCGACGAACGGCCCUUGCUGUCGCUCCUCUUCAAUUAUCCUCCCUUUCUAUCGCAGGAGGUAAAACAAGCAGCAGUCGUGACGACGGCGACGAUGCGGAUUUACUCGUUCUAAGAAAAUCACGGUGCUCACAGAGAGAAGCUUUCCUCGGGUUUACAAGAGCCGCGCUGAAGAACCGAGGGACGUGAUAAUGACAGACCUUCCUUGAUCCAGACUUUCUUUAGUCCAAGUACCUCGGAAUAUAAAAAGUGACAAAUUCGCAUUUAGAAUAUGGCAUUUUAUUAUUGCAACGAUAAUCAGCAUUCAGGUCUUUUACAGAGGCCCGUUUAACACGAAUUUUAUGAGACAACGUGUGAAACAUAUCAGAGUCUACGACUCAAUAUCCGAUACAAUUUUCUGUGUCAGCUGAUCGAAAAGAUCGAUUGGUUUCGUCGAGCUCUUUUUCAAUCCGACCGCGAUGACGGUUAAAAAGUAAAGGAAAAAAAUAACUUCAGCGCGCUCUUGUUACUUACUCGCUUAAUGGUAAUGUUACGAUUUUAAGCUCCUUUUGCGUGUAAUACGGGCGACGCGCUCGUAAUGACGCUACGACUGAAUUAUUAAACAAUCGUAGUACCAAAUCAAAUUAUCCUCAGGCUUGAU